AUGACUAAGGAUUGGAAGCAAUUUCUUGUUUCCCGUGGGAGGAAAUUCACCAAGAAGAAGCUUGAAGCACCGAAAGUACAAAGUCCGUUAUUGACCAAUUUCCACCAGUGGGCAGGUAAAAAGAGGCUUUUUGAGUUUAACGAUCCGGAUGAAGUAUCAAAAGUUCUGGGGAAUGAUUCAUGGGGGGUGUCCAAGAAUCUUUUUGCCAAUAUACUCGCAUCUCCGAUGAGAACUGAUAUGUCAAAAAGAAUUAAACUACCUAGAGAGCUAUUAAUUCAAAUCAAAUUGGAACCUAUAAAGAAUGGUACAAAUGAAGGGAAAUUAGUAGCUCUACGCCCACAAUUAGAAAUAUCGAAGAGUGGAAAUAAUUCAUAUAUCUGUAAUAGUCUACGUUUUCUUCAAGGUAAACGGGCAUCAUUGGGCCAAUUAGUACCAAAUUCAGUGCACUCUUCAAACACUUACACAUUGAAUAUGAACGAGAUAUUAAUGGACAAAAGGUUAUUCACAGAGAAACACAAGCAAGAUCUUUCAGAAUGUAUCACAACGCUAUUAGAAAGUCUUUGUGAAAGAACAGAUAAGGAAAAUGUUCCAGUGACAGUAGAAGACUGGGACGUCAUUUUAACUUAUGACGAAAAGAGCAAUAACGAUAUCGAACUAGUAAAACUCAAGCACUUGCCAUCAGUGCCAACAGUGAUUAUUUUAAAUCUUAAGCUACUUGAUAAUGAUUCUAUUGGAAGGUUGAUAAAUGAUAGAUUGAGGAACCACGAUAUUGGUGUGGUUCUAAAAUUCCUCAAGGAUGAACGUCUAAUUAAAUUGGUAUAUAGUUUGUUGAACUUCUCUAGAUGA